AUGUGUUCACCGAGUAAUCAACUGAGUGGUCAACUCAGUGGUCAACCSAGUGGUCAACCGAUGAAGACUAGUGUUGGUGACGGCGACCAAUGGUUUCGAUACUAUUUGCACGUAAACGACGAAUUGGUGACCAGUUAUGAAGUGGUAACCGAUACGACCGAUUCGUACGUAAGAUUUGGUUUGAUUUUUGCCAAAAUCCGACUUAUAGUCGACCGGACARCUCGUGCCGAUCACAUGACAUACGAAACGCAUGUCUUUGAGAUUUAUAGUGUAAAUCGAUGCAAAUUUGUAAAGAUUCGGUGUUUCGAUGUCAAAGUGGCCAACGGUUCGCACAUUCGGGUGACCCGCAGCUACAGUCACGCGAUUGCCCACACACGCGAUCGCGUUGUCAUCCAAUACGGCCACUCGCGACCCGCCGACGAUCGACACUCGACCCCAUUGUUGACCGCAAACAACGGCACAGUUGCCAUAAACGAUACCCCGUACAAGAGAUUUGUGGCCAACCAAUUGGUUUGGGUUUAUUGCGAUACACAGAUCUGGUUUCCCGCACGGUUAAUUGAUCCAAAAGCCAGACCUUUACCGCCCGAUGAGGUUAUCUGUCAGCGCCGUCGGAACAGUAAAUAUCUGAUCCGAUUGAUGGAUGAUAAUCUUUCAUGGUUUUGGAUGUCAUCUGAUGAAAGACUCGAACCAUUGGGUAAUUGUCCCGUAAAUGAUCAGAAAAUGUUAAACACAUCCAAUGAUCUGACUGUCCGACGGGAUGUUUGUAAGGCUUUUCUUACAGCACUCGAGUCUCAGACUCUACUCGACUAAAG